AUGGCGUGGUCAAAGUCGACGCGGAUCAGCAUCAUGCUGGCCAUCGAUGUCGUCUUCUUCCUCGUUGAGCUGAUUGUUGGUUUGGUUGUUAAGUCGCUGGCCCUGACGGCGGAUGCCUUCCACAUGGUACGUCGAGCACUCGACACCACGCGCGCUGCCGCUCUCAACGACAUCAUUUCCCUUUGCGUCGGACUCUGGGCUGUCGCCGUGGCGAGGAAGGCCACCACCGACAAGUACUCGUACGGACAAAGUUGUUCGCGAGCUGACUUCAUCGUCCAGUGGCUGCGCGCUGAGAUUCUCGGUGCCUUCUUCAACGCCGUCUUCCUCAUCGCACUCUGCGUCUCCAUCAUUCUCGAAGCCAUUACCCGAUUCUUCGACCCUCCCGAGAUCGAUAACCCCCAGCUGAUUCUCAUCGUCGGUGCCUUCGGUCUCGCCUCGAACCUCGUCGGCUUCUUUGUCCUCGGCGGCCACGGCCACUCCCACGGCGGCGAUCACUCCCACGACGACGGCGAACACGAUCAUGGCCACUCUCACGGCCACUCCGACGAGCACGCCGCCGAGGAAGGUCGCGCCAACUUCUCGAGCGCUGCCAACGACGACGGCGGUAACGUUGGCGACAUCCUUCCCGAGGCCAUUGUCGCCAGAGCUACCGCUGGCGCCGCUUCUGAGACGACUCGUCACAUUAGGUUCGACCGGGAGUCCGACCCUUCGGGUCGGGCCCAGAGCCGCGCUUCCGCCGCCUCCAAGGGUCAUGACCGCCGCAGAACUAGCUCCCGACACCACUCGCGCCUUACUAGCAUUGAGGACAUCAGCAUCCACCCUUCGAGUUUCCGACAGGAGAUCAUCGACGCUAGCCGGCCCCAACUUGAUGGCCAGGAUUCUGCGAGCGAGAGCGAGGUCGACGAGACUGUUGUCGAGGAUGGCGAGCCCGACGAGGAGUCCCCUCUGCUCAAGUCCAAGGGCAACAACCACAGCUACCUGAUUGAAGACCACCGUGGUCGCACCGCCUCCAAGCGCCCGAGACGCGAGUCCAGCCUUCACCACGAGCACAACCACAACAAGGAGCGCAAGAAGGCGACUGGCGGCCACGGCCACGACCACGGCGAUAUGGGAAUGAACGCCAUGGUUCUUCACGUCAUCGGCGACGCUCUCGGCAACGUUGGUGUCAUCGUCACUGCCCUCAUCAUCUGGCUGACCGACUGGCCCGGCCGCUUCUACGCCGAUCCCGCCGUCUCUCUGUUCAUCACUCUCAUUAUUCUCAAGUCCGCUAUUCCCCUCACCAAGGCGACUUCCAAGGUUCUCCUCCAGGCCACCCCGGACAACAUUGACCUCCAGGAGGUCCGCGAGGACAUCCAGAACCUGCCCGGUGUCCUCAGCUGCCACCACGUCCACAUCUGGCAGCUCUCCGACACCAAGAUCGUCGCCUCCCUGCACGUCCACGUCAACUUCCCCAUCUCCGCCGAGGGCGGUGAGAAGUACAUGGAGCUCGCCAAGCGCGCCCGCAAGUGCCUCCACGCCUACGGCAUUCACGCAGCCACCAUUCAACCCGAGUUCUGCGGCGACGACGAGCACCACCGCGCCACCGAGGAGGAACAGAUUGUCCAGUACGACGGCGGCGCCUCCGUCGGCUCACCGAAGCAGACCUGCUUGCUGGAACUGGCGUUACGGGGCUGGGUAGAGACGGGAAGAAGUGGAUAA